UAUAGAAAACAUGGGUACAGGAAAUGAAAAUCUUGACAAGGCAUGCUCUCAGUGGUUGGAAUGGGACAGGAACGAACUCACAAGAAAGAUUAUAUCAGAAUUAAUGCAAAAGAAUGAUGUUAAUGAAUUACAAAAAUGUUUGGGAAAAAGAAUGGAGUUUGGAACUGCAGGGUUGCGGGCUGCGAUGGGAGCUGGAUUCUCAAAAAUGAAUGAUCUCACAAUUAUACAAACAACUCAGGGAUUUGCCAAAUAUCUACAGCAAAAGUUUUCAUCCGACCUUAAUCAAAGAGGAGUAGUUAUUGGUUAUGAUGCAAGGCACAACAGUGAAAGGUUUGCAAGACUCGCUGCUGCAGUAUUUAUCCACAGUGGAAUCAAAUGCUAUCUUUAUCGUGGCAUCGUGCCUACACCAUUUGUGCCAUAUGGUGUUCGAAAAUACAAAACAUGUGCUGGCAUCAUGGUGACUGCUUCACAUAAUCCCAAACAAGAUAAUGGUUACAAAGUUUACUGGGAUAACGGUGCUCAAAUAAUAAGUCCACAUGAUUCAGGAAUCGCAGAGUCAAUUAUGGCUAAUCUUGUGCCUUGGUGUGAUGAUGUCUGGAAUGAUCAAUUAUAUAAAAACCAUCAACUACAUAUCGAUCCAUUGGAUGAAGUUAUGAAAUCCUAUUUCAAGGAUUUGAAAUCAUAUUCUAUCUACUCUGAAAUGAAUAAAACAUCAGCACUUCGAUUCACGUACACACCAGUACACGGCGUUGGCUUGAAAUUCGCUGAAGAAUCAUUCAAAACUUUCCAACAUAAACCAUUUUUUGCCGUGGAGAAACAAAAGGAUCCAGAUCCUGAAUUUCCAACUGUCAAAUACCCUAACCCAGAGGAAGGGAAAGGAGUUCUGACUCUGGCGAUGGAAACUGCUGACUCGAAUAAUUGUGAUGUUAUUCUUGCAAAUGAUCCUGAUGCAGAUAGACUUGCUAUUGCUGAAAAGCAAGAAGAUAAAUCAUGGAAAAUAUUUACGGGGAAUGAACUCGGUGCUUUGUUUGGGUGGUGGGCAUGGCAUCGCUAUCUUAUAAAGAAAAACAAUGAUCGUUCCGAUGUCAAAAAUGUUUAUAUGAUAAGCAGCACGGUGUCAUCAAAUAUAUUGAAGAGUAUGGCUAAAGUUGAAGGAUUUAAUUUCGAGGACACUUUGACUGGAUUCAAGUGGAUGGGUAACCGUACUGAUGAAUUAAUGAAACAAGGAAAAACUGUUCUAUUUGCAUUUGAAGAAGCAAUUGGUUAUAUGUUUGGAACAAAUGUUUUGGAUAAAGAUGGAAUAAGUGCAUUGUCAGUUAUCGCUGAAGCAGGUGUUUAUUUACGAUCAAAAAAUAUGACAUUUACCAAACAGUUGGAUGAGAUAUAUUCAAAGUAUGGUUUUCACACGAGCAACAACUCUUAUUAUAUCAGCUAUGAUCAGCAGAAGAUCGCUGGAAUGUUUCAUAGAUUAAGAAAUUAUACAGAUAGUGAUAAUGUAAUUAUUGAUGAAAAAAGAGGAGGGAGAUAUCCUAAAAUGUUGGAUAGGUUCGAAAUUACAGACAUCCGCGACUUAACUACUGGAUUCGAUAGUCGACAAGAGGAUAAAACAGCGACUCUUCCAACAAGCAAAUCAAGUGAAAUGUUGACGUUUUAUUUCCGAAAUGGUGUUGUACUCACUUUACGUACAAGUGGAACUGAACCCAAAAUUAAAUAUUAUUCUGAAAUUGCUGCUGCCAUUGGAGAGCACAUCAGCAACAGAGAGGCGAAUGUUAAAGAACUUGGUGACCUGAUAACAGCAAUGUGUAAAGAAUUUUAUCAACCAGAGAAAAAUAAUUUUCAGUCAAAAAGUUCAUGAAUAAUCGUGCAUAAUAUUAUUUAUUAUACCUAACAUACACAUUUAUUAUUAUACAAUUGCCACACAACAUUUUACUCUCUCUAUUUGAUUAUAAAAUUGAUUGUAUUUACGGUAAUUCUAAUUACACGGAACUGCAAAAUAUAUGGUAGCUUACAUUCUUGGAUAUUAAAUGAGGUGAUUGUUUUGUUCAUAUGUGCCAUUCCCCCUUUCUAAGGGAACCUUAUGUGUUUAUUUAAUCAAUUUUAUAUGUCAUGGACAUAGAUUAUUUUCCUUUACAAUAUUAAUGUUGAUAUUCUUGGUGUUUAAGCCACAAUUACUAGUUGGAAUGUUAUAAUUCCAAACGGACCUCUUGAAGUAUGCGCACCAAGAUGGCGCACAACCUGAAGUCAGGUUGUGUACCAGGUUAGGGUUCAGGUUGUGCGACAUCUUGGUGCGCAUAAUUCAGGAGUACCUUCCAAACUGUAUGUUUCUUUUUUCUUGUGCCCAAGUUUCUAAUAAAGUUCCAUGACACCGUUCAAUUUUUGUGGUAGUGUUUCUUUUUACGCGUAACUGCGUUAUUGUCGUAGAGCAGCUCUUAAACUGCUGCUUUGGAAAGCCCUUGACAAGAACCCUUGGUUCCCCAUGUGAUAUGGCCCUUCUCUUCUGGGUUGGUGUAGAAAUCUAGCCAUAACGAAUUGCCUGUCACCCAUAAAGUACAUCUUGAAGAAUUGCUAACUGUUUCAUACCGUACUAGGUGAAGAGUAAUAAUUUAUCAUCUAUUCUUUGCAUAGUUUGUUUCAAAGGUACUGUUUCUACAGAUUUCAGCUUCACAAUCUUGUGGUAUUUUCAGAAAAAAACUUCGAUUACUUCAGCUAAACCGUUUCUUUGAUAGUUUCGAUUUGUUUCUGAUUGAGUAAAAUUAUUGAUGUGUUUCUCAAUAAUAUUAAAUACGGCACUGGUAUCCGG